CUGUGCGCCCCGCCCGCCCCGGCCACCCCGCCCCUCCUCACCCAGCCCCGAGGCGCCGCGCGCCCGCCAGCGAAGGGUGACCCGGGCGCCGAGAUGCAGCCGCGGCUGUGGCUCCUCGUGGCCGCGAAGCUCGCAGCUCUCCGGGGCAUCUGUGGCCUCCAGCAGAGCCCCCACUUCCUGAUGCUCCAGACCAACCAAUCGGCAACUAUGACCUGCGAGAGUAAGACCAGCUCGAUCAAUGGCCGUCUCUACUGGCUGAGGCAGCGUGGGGCGCCCAGCCCGGACAGUCACCACGAGUUCCUGGCUUCUGGGGAUUUCUCCAACAACAUCGUCUAUGGCAGGGGUAUGACCUCAGAGAUGCUCACUCUGUCUCGGCUUUCCACCCGCUUCACUCUCAGUCUCAAACACGUGAAGCCUGAGGACAGCGGCGUCUACUUCUGCAUGACCAUAGGGCACCCCGAGCUGACCUUCGGGAUGGGAACCAACCUGAGUGUGGUUGAUGUCCUGCCCACCACGGCCCAGCCCACCACGAAGACGACUCCCAAGAAGAAAAAGUGUCAGCCCCCCAGUCCAGGGCCCCAGAAAGGCCUGCACUGCAGCCUCGUCACCCUGGGCCUUCUGGUGGCCAGUGCCCUGCUCCUGCUGCUGUCCCUGGUUGUGGCUGUGCAUCUGUACUGUCUGCGGAGGAGAGCGCGGCUUCGCUUCAUCAAACAGAAAUGCAGUAUCAGUUGGCCUGGAAACAGGUGGUCUCACAGCUCACUGUUGAUUCCAGGUUCUACAAAUGAGCAGAGACAGUGCUUUUGGUGGCCCGCUACCAAAAGUCACAGGUCGGGAAUGAGCAACAUCUGGACAAAGGAGAAAGAAAGGGACACACUCAAGGGUGGAAAUUUCACUGCCGUGCGCAAGCUGCCUGCUUCUAACUGCUGCAAGUUCUUUCUGGGGGCCUCGCGUUGGAGCCCUGGGGUUUCAACGCUGAGAGUCCUAGUGAGAAGGCUCCAGAGCCCCAGGGCUCCCCACAAAGCGUGCUGCAGGACUAGGAAUCUGCACCAAAGAUACCACCUUCGGCUCCUGUGCUCCUCCCAGGCUGGGCUGGGACUUGGCGUUGGCCAUGCAGCCACCAUCUUUGCUUUGCUCUAGUGUGGCAGGGACAUUGGCCCCUGGAUCUGUUAUGGGAUGGAGCUGGUGUGACAGCCUCCCCAAGAGGCUGCUUGUGACUAAGGCUUCCAGAGAGAAAAUUCCCAGCAACGGGGGAGGCUUCCUCUGGAGCUGGGAAGCCGUGGGCUAGGGAAGGAAUUUUACUCCAUGCCCUGUCUACUCUCACUCUCUGUCCUUUUAGGAAAAUACUUCAUUUGUCAAAAAUAAAGUCUUGUUUUAAAGAUGCAA